UUACCCAGAGUGCAGUUUGAUCUGUGGGACUCAGAUGACGUCCCCGUGCCCCGGAAGGAGUUGCUCCAGAAGGUCAAAGGUGUCGAUGCGCUGGUCUGCGUGCUCACGGAGAAGAUCGACGCCGAGCUAUUGGACGCUGCAGGUCCUAACCUUAAGGUCCUGAGCACCAUGUCAGUGGGUUUUGACCACCUCUCCCUGGAGGAACUAAAGAAAAGGGGGAUCCGUGUGGGUUACACCCCAGAUGUGUUAACAGAUUCUGUAGCUGAACUGACUGUCGCCCUGCUGCUGACCACCUCCAGGAGACUGAUAGAGGCUACGCAUGAAGCCAAGACUGGUGGAUGGGGAACGUGGAGGACUCUGUGGCUGUGUGGAUAUGAACUGGCUAACAGCACCGUGGGAAUCCUGGGACUGGGCAGGAUCGGAGUGGCUAUCGCUGAGCGUCUGAAGCCGUUCAAGGUUAAGAAGUUCAUCUACACGGACGUGGCUCCCCGACCAGAGCUGGCCAGUUUGAUCGACGCAGAAUAUGUCUCUAUGGAUGAGUUGGCCAGUCAGUCUGACUUCCUGUCAGUGUGUUGUGCUCUGACACCAGAGACUAAAGACAUCUGUAACAAGGACCUGUUCUCCAAAAUGAAGAAUACCUCCAUCUUCAUCAACACCAGCAGGUGACCAAACACACACACACACACACACA